CCUUCUGAGGACGUCGCCGACCCUUUCUCAAUCAACAAUAUCCACCACAGCCAGCGAUCAUGGGUAUCGACCUCGAUCGCCAUCACGUCAAGGCGAGCCACCGAAAGGCGCCCAAGAGCGACAAUGUCUACCUCAAGCUCUUGGUGAAGCUCUACCGCUUCCUGGCCCGCCGGACCGAUUCCAACUUCAACAAGGUCGUACUCAAGCGGCUGUUCAUGUCCCGCAUCAACCGCCCGCCCAUGUCCAUCUCGCGCAUCGCCGGCAAGGUCUCGACCGAGACGGCGCAAAAGGCAUACAAGGACAAGACCAUCGCCGUCAUCGGCACCGUCACGGACGACAACCGCCUGCUCACCGUGCCCGAACUCCACAUCGCCGCGCUGCGGUUCACCGCCACCGCCCGCGCCCGGAUCGAGAAGGCCGGCGGCGAGUGCCUGACCCUCGACCAGCUCGCCAUGAGACACCCGACCGGAAGCAACGUGGUGCUCCUGCGUGGACCCAAGAACGCCCGCGAGGCCGUCAAGCACUUCGGCUUUGGCCCGCACAAACACAAGAAGCCAUACGUCGAGAGCAAGGGCAGGAAGUUUGAAAAGGCCAGAGGCAGGAGACGGUCCAAGGGUUUCAAGGUGUAGACGUGACCUACGUGUUAGCCUUCUGCUGCUGCUGCUGGUAGUGGUGGUGGUGGUUGUUCAUGAACUGGGACUCCAGGGGGAGGGGGCCGGUGUGGAAGACGGGAAUGCCACGACAUCUCGAACGCACCAGAUGGGUCUAUGGGAGAUGGACUCUACGGAAUUGGAGCAAGAACAACAUUCCAAACAAGCAGAGCUGCUCAAUCGUCUCGAUUCGUCAAACGUCCUGUUCGAAGCGGAAACUGAAAAGGUUCGUACAAGGCGCCUUCGGGCUUUGAGCGGGAGAGAAAGGAAAUGGACUGCGUGCGUGGUCGCUGUCAAUUUUCCAGACUAGGUGGACGCAAGACGAAAAUUCCAAUGCAUUGAUUCCAAUGAAAGAAAAACCCCGUUUCGAUUCGGUCCUCUGCUGCAUUUUGUCUUUUUUUUUUUCCAUAUUUCAGUCCAACUUUUUCGAGUUGCGUCAACGCCAGGCAUGCACAUACGUAACUACAGUAGAUACUACUGGGAGAUCCUCCCCCCCUUCAAGACCUC